UCUUAACUGGAGACUGUAGCUUUUGUGCAGUGUGUUAUAUCUGCAUUAUAUCUGUUGUUGCAACUAAGGUGCUUCUCUUCCAAGAGCCUCAUUCACUGAGUGCCACAUGUCCCACAUGUUAGAUUUUGAGGAAUUGCUGGUGUCAUUGUCAAGCAUCCAGUAUGAUAGCACCUUUUUUUUUUUUUCAAGAACUGCAUAGCACACUAUUAAACAAUCGUGUUUGUGAAUGGUUUGGAAGAGAACCACGAACGCGGCCCGCCGGUCUCACAUGUGUGGUGUCUCACGGCAGCUAGAGCUCCAUGCCGAGUCGUGACAAACAGAAAAUAAACAGGGAAGAACUGGAUGUGAAAAAAGCAGCGGCCUGGUGUCCAUGCUGGACGUCCCAUUGUGCUCGUUAAGGGUAUAUUACAAUAAGUCACACCAGUAGAUGUUGUCUUUCAUCUCCCUCGUAGCCCGGCUCCGUGGCCCUUUGAUCUCAGCUGGAUACGUACACCAUUGCUCCAGUUUUGCACAUUUAUGCAUGUUACUACAACAACGGGCAGCAUUUGUAUGUAUUCUUAAAACCUGAGAUGUCGCACAUGAGAGAGCGAUGUGUGAAAAAGUGCUUUUCUUUGCCUCGUCAACAGACUUGUACCUCCCAGCCCACUCACACAUCAUCACACGUGCGCGCACACUUUUGGCUUUGCACACACACACACACACACACACCCACACACACACUUACACGCGUACAGACGUGGCUUUUGAAGGUUUUGACGUGGGCGAUGCCUCUGUGUCAAUUCUUUCCUGUGGGGAGACUUUCCACUUGCCUUUUUUCCAUGAGUGCUCUGAGUUUUUUUUUUUUUUUUUUUUGUCAAAAUUGACGGUUGAAUUCUUCUCCACUUCAUGCAAGCGAUGAAUUUAUUGUUUCAAAUAAAGGCCCCCCCUUACUCCAUCCGCUUCCACAGGGCCCCCAUUAAUAAUGCAGCACAUAAUCCAGUCUUGGGCACACUCAUGCUAGAAGCCCCUCAGCCUGCCAAUCACCAGCCUUAAUUAGCUCCUUCUCUGGCUGCUGCAGGAAAACACUCCAUGUAUCCUAAUCUAAUCCCUCAAAGGCCGCUCUCCCUCUGGGUGCUGAUGGUUUUGGGGUGCUUUCACUUCCGUCGUGAGGUGGCUUUCUGUACUUGCAGAUGGAGGUUUUCUGCGAACACCAAGCUUGUUUCCUUGUUGAUUCAGCCAAUUGCACAGGAAGAGGUUCAGACAAACAGAUUAUUGUGUGUGCAGGUGUACCUUGUCACUUGUCUCUCUCCAGAUUCUCAAAGACUGUGUUUGUUCUCUUGUGUGUUGUGUACAGUAAUGUAUGGCUGCUGUGAAAUUCACACCUGAGUCUGAAGCUGUCAAAUGUAAACCAAAAUGGGGUUGAGUCGUGUUGAGUCAGUUGAAUCAAAUUCACAAACAGUAUUUGUUGUCAGACGUAUCAGAGAUGAAAUUAAACAAAAGACAAAUGAGAUCUAACAUCGUCUAAAGACCAAGACAGAGCUGAGACACAGCAGCAGCGAGACCAGUCUAUAGAUAACCCCAGUGUUUCUAUCACAUGUGCACUGUGUUACCAUAUAAGACAGCAAUAUGACUCACCCUGCUCACUGACCUACUAUGUGGGAAGUCAUGAUUCAUGCAAGCUGCAUUUAAGCAGGCAGGGCCCAAAAAUACUCUGGCAUGCCAUCACACAAACACAUACACACACACACACACACACACACACACACACACACACACACUCACUCACUCACUCACUCACACACACACAUACCUCACUUGCUCAGUCAUACUCACCACCCACUGACACUGAUAGGCUCAGAUGCUGUCGGUAACAUACAGUGAGAGACAUUAGAAAGUUGACAGAGCAAAGACUGGAAUAACAAGAUGACUGGAUCUGCGCUGUUGAUGCCUUUUUGAGGGCGUGAGCGGAAUGUCCGUGGAUGAGAAGCCUGAAGCCCCCAUGUAUGUGUAUGAGUCGACGGUUCAUUGUACCAAUAUCCUCCUCUGCCUCAACGACCAGCGGAAGCAGGAUAUCCUGUGCGAUGUGACUGUCCUGGUGGAGGGCAAGGAGUUCCGUGGGCACCGGGCCGUGCUGGCCGCCUGUAGCGAGUAUUUCCUCCAGGCACUGGUGGGCCAGGCGGAGAAUGGCUUGGUCGUUAGCCUUCCGGAAGAGGUCACUGCCAGGGGAUUUGCCCCAUUGUUGCAGUUUGCCUACACUGCUAAGCUGUUACUCAGCAGAGAAAACAUCCAGGAGGUCAUCCGCUGUGCCGAAUUCCUGCGCAUGCACAACCUGGAGGACUCAUGUUUUCGCUUCCUGGAAGCUCAGCUGCGCAGCGAGGAGGACGGCUUGCUGCUCUGCAACAAGGUGGCGGCGGAGGUGAACAACUCAGAGGACGAGAGCAUGCAGUCAGAGGUGGAAAGGCCCACCUCCCCCAGGGCGCGGCGAUGUGCUGAUGCCAUCACCUCCUUUCGCCACCCUGACGAUGAUCGGUUAGCAAUGGCUGUGCCCAGUAACUUCAUGGAUGGCCGGCUGGACUUUGAUCGGCAUGCAUCAGACCUACCAAGAUGCCCCAAGUACAGGAAAUACCAGUUGGCUUGCAACAAGCACAAUAAUGACACCUCCUCAGACACCAGUACCUCAGGUUUUCCAAGCACAUUAAGGGAGAGCAGCGUUAGUGGGGCCGUGCCGGGUCAGGGCAGGCUGCCUUUGGCCCAGAUCAAAGUUGAACCACAGGCAGAGGAAGAGGCCAUCUCAUUGUGCCUGUCAGGGGACGAGCAGGACGUCAGGGAUAAGGACAGUGUGACAGCCAUGGAGAUGGAUAACCCCUUGUCUGUGGAAAGAACCAAGAGAACCAAGUCCCCUUCCUGCCUCCGAGCCUUCUUCAAGAAAGGGGUGGACCACCCCAGUCUGCCCAACACAUCACAGCAGCUAUACGCCAACAGACUUGUCUGCCCCCAGGACAAAGGAAACUCUCAGGGAGAUCAUAAAAAAGACUUCAGGCCUUUCACUGGGGAGCUAGGUCUGUCUGUUACAUCCCCAAAGGACAUGGACGUUUUCCCUGCAGGGUUGUCCCUCAAGUCCACUUCCUGCGAUGGGGUCUGCAAACAGGAAUUUGAGCUAGACCGCCGUAGUGUCAUAUUUUCCUCAGGGGCCUGCAACCGCCUGGGAACCCCAGCGCAUUCCUACCCGGGUGGGAACUCUUUGGAUGUGGAGCUCACUGAGCACAUGCCAAAGGAUGUAUGGGCUGGAGCCAGCCAGUCCCUCCCCACCUCCCAGACCUUUUCUCCCAGCACCACUUCCUCUGAGCCCCCAAUUCUGUGCCGCCCACGACCUAACACCAGCUGCCCAGUGCCAAUCAAAGUGUGCCCACGCUCGCCGCCUUGUGAGACACGUACCAGAACUUCCAGCUCCUGCUCCUCAUACUCUUAUCCUGAGGACGGCAGCGGAGGCUCUCCUUGCAGCCUGCCCCAGUUUGAGUUCUCCUCCUCGCCAUGCUCCAACGUGGCACGCUGCCUCAAUGUGGACCAGCAGGAUGCAAGUGUGGGAGGGGAUGCCCUUUUUAACCAGGUGCGGCCCAAGAUCAAAUGUGAGCAGUCGUAUGGCACCAACUCCAGUGACGAGUCGGGCUCCUUCUCAGAGGGAGACAGCGAGUCCUGCCAUGUACAGGAGCAAGGGCCAGAGGUGAAGCUGCCUUUCCCCGUAGAUCAGAUCACAAAUCUUCCACGGAACGACUUCCAAAUGUUGGUGAAAAUGCACAAACUGACCUCGGAACAGCUCGAGUUUAUCCAUGAUGUGAGGCGGCGGAGUAAGAACCGCAUCGCAGCGCAACGCUGCCGCAAGAGGAAGCUCGACUGCAUCCUGAACCUGGAGUGUGAGAUCAGAAAACUGGUGUGUGAGAAGGAGAAGUUGCUGACGGAGAGGAACCAGCUGAAGGCGUGUAUGGGUGAGCUGUGGGAGAACUUCUCCUGCCUGUCACAGGAGGUGUGCAGAGACGUCCAGCUGAGCCCAGAGCAGGUCCAGUCUUUACACCACUACUGCCCUGUGCUGCGGCCCGCCAACUCCACUGCCAGCAACAACGCCGCCCACCAGCCCAAACCUACUCCCAGCCCCGCCACCACCAACACCACCAGCAUCGACCUCACCACCCACUCGGGCUCGGCCACGCCGGAGCCCAGCUUCCAUGGGUCACCAGGCCCCUCAGAGAGCGAGCCCGACUCGGCUGCCAGGAACGGGGCGGACAGAGAUAUGGACGGCCAAGACGCCAGCUUGUACACAAAGUCAGGGCUGUCCGUGGAAAAAUCCAACCAGGCGGUAACAGUGGAUUUUUGCCAGGAAAUGACUGAGAAAUGUACAACCGACGAGCAGCCAAGGAAGGACUGUACUAAGUAGUGGUGGUUCUCUGUGUUGUUGUUUUUGAUGUUUUUUUUUUUUAUUAUUUAAUUUUACUCUUCUGACGAACCCUCUCUCGGGGUUGUUGAGAUGGUCAGCCUCCGCCAGUGUUCACUGAAAAACAAGCUUUGUUUGUAUUUAUGUCUUUUUGUGCUGUUUUUUUUUUUCUUGUUUUGGAACGGUUGACACUAAAGUUGUCUUAACAGCAGCAAUACUGUUCUCCAGGUAUUCUCCUCUUACCAUGACAGAGUGGGAACUUCUCACCAAACCCCUUACAAUGGUGCUAUACUUGCCCCGGCAGCAACCUCCUCAGUGGAGACUCUGUUCUUCAUGUGUCACUCAUCACAACUCAAAAAGUUGAACCUCAUCGGACCUAAAACAGCAGCUCUCUUUCUCUCUCUUUGUACCAACAGUAUCUCUGUUCCUGCCUUUCUCUCUCACAUUUUGCUCUUCUCUUUUUCCCACUCUGUCCCUGUCAAUCUUCUCUACCUCUCGUCUGUCUUUCUCUUUCUUUCUUUCUUUCUUUCUUUCUUUCUUUCUUUCUUUCUCUCUGUCUCUCUCUGUCUGUGGUUCUUCUUCUCGCUAUAUAUCUCAGUGGCCCUUUUCGUCACAGCAAUUCAAACUCAGGAAAAAGAAAAAAAAUCCUCUGAAUGUUCAACCUAAUUCAUGAAAAAUGAGAAUACGGCUUCUGUACAUGAGGAAGUUACGAUGCAGUUAGACUGUAAAAUGUUCAUAUGCAAAAAUGUCUUCAAGCGUUGCAUUUGUAUUUCUGUACAGGAGAACUUUGUACAGGCUGUAAACCGAAAACAUUCCUCCUUUGCCUUCCUCAGCACUGAACUGAAAGGAAAAAAAGUCUUUGCAGGCGGUUAAAUGGCUAUUUUUAUUUCCCACUCAUCAGCAAUACCAUUGUAUUUGGAUGUUGUAAUGGUGACUUUCAAGUGCUCGUUUGGCAGACAUGUAUAUAGUAUGGAGCAUGAUGACUGUAACAGUGAUUUUUGUACAGGUAGAGGCUUAGAUGUUUCUUUUUCACCGGGGUUAUAUCAAGCACCUUUUUGGUAAGGGAAAAAUCUUUUGCUUUGCUGUUUCCUGUCCUGCCUAACGAAUACUCCCCAUCGCCGGCGGGUGUUCUUAUACUCAGGAAAUCAGCGAUACACAUGUAGACACACACAUACAGUACAUGCAGACAAAUGCGUCAACACACACACACACACACACACACAGAAUUUUGAGCCCCGUGCAUGUAUAAAAGUUAAACAUUCAAGACGCGGCUCAGGCCAGCUCCUCUCCACCUUUGACUCCUCUUUAAAUGUGAAAAAAAAGAGUUCUGCCUUGUGUUGUUUGGAGGAAAUUUUACUUCUUAUCAGUAUUUAAAGAUGCUAUUUGUGUA